CGAGUUUAGAGCCUUACAACCCUUACCAGCCAUCUCCCUCCUACCUCCUCGUACUCCGUCCUCUCGAUUUUCCAUCCUAUACAGCCCAUUCGCCUGCAGUGAUAAUUUAUCAGCUCCCGGGGGAAUAGGACCGUCCACGAUACCCGGGACGAUAUCCAAGCCUGAACCUGAACUCCUUGCGGAAGAUUGGCCUGUCCUCUUACUACGAAUCCGCCAAUGUCUCCUCUCGAUCUCACGCGAUUUCCCUUCUCGGUACUAUCCCCUAGCUUUGCGAAAUAGUCCCCAGGGACUUAAGGAGCGCACACACUGCAGAGGAACCAUCUACCGGCAUGAGCGAUUGAAGGUGGCCUCCACAUGGUGGUUAGAGUUGCUGAGGGAUUCUGUGAGUGGGAAGGAGAUCAAGUUGUAGGAGGAAUGGUGCGCUUCGGGCACGUCGCGACGCAUGCGUUGCUAGUCGAUUUUGCGCGAUUGUGCUGCCCCCUCUGCAAGUACGGGGUGCGACCCUUCUCGACAGUCUGCCUGGAGCCUGGCACGUCGACUCCUCGUCCUCAUCGCCGUUCUCGUCCCGACGCUCGCUGUCGCUUCUAUUACAAGUAUUAUUUUUAAUUUCCCUUAUAGAGCCGCACUGAAAAUUUCACUGGCUAAAGUGUACCUGGACUCCUUUGCGACCUUCACGUCAUCGCAGUGGGCAUCCUGGAGUGCAGCACGAGAACUACCUCAUGCAGAGGAUCCUCGUUCAUGGUGUCCCGGUCGUGCCGGAUCUGAUGCGAGGAUCAAGAAGUCGCGGUGUUGUCGGGUCGACGCGGUUUCGCGAGUGUUCGUGACCACCUUUACGGAGCAUCCCGACGCUCAAUUGGAGGCUGCCUCCUUAGGAUCGACCUUGAGGAACACAAGUAGAGUGCAUCUAAUGAAGAUGUUCCUCAAGAGCAUCUGGUACGCUGGCUCAUCCUAAGACUAAUGGGACCACAGACUCUGCAGGAACUGACUGGACAGAAACGACUCUGGGAACCGAAGGCACGUCGCAGACUCCUCGAGGACGUCUUCCCCAGCUUCCCUGACGGACAAGCAUCAAGGUAGAUUCGUGAGACAGAAGUCCAAGAUCUGUAUCAGGAAGACGUUCACGACCUCCAGGACUCGGGAAACUCUCGUACGAAGGUCUUCGCCAACGGCGGCUACUCCACAUCGAUCGCCUCGAGCGUAAACAUUUUUUUAAUAGCGUACCCACCAGGUACGCGUUUACGCAUGCGAGGGGUCGGAGUGACACCGGGAACGCCAAGAUUUACGAUUUCGAAUGCCAGGGUUAAAGGAUUCGUCGACGCCGAGUGACGCUAAGGGACCUCGAGGCACUUACCGAAGUUCACGGCGUCGCGACGCCAUGUACCCUAAGAAUCCUUGGAACGAUCCAAAGCAUCCCAUGAGAUAGACUCCGACCUAGGUCAUCCUCGUGACUCGGGACUCCUCUUGAAGAUAACACAAAACAAGUCUGGAUCCAAUCGAAGAAUCAGAACCAGCCUGUACUUCCGGUCGAGUGAUAUCGUCCAGCGAUGAGGAAGGUGAACGAGCGCCAGGAUAGGACGUAGUAAGAGGCGACUGGAACGAUGCAGAGCAGGAACCCCGGCAGCUAUUAUCAGAGACGAUGCUGCCCAGCACGUGGACCGGAUGGACCACCGUCAUCGGCGAGGGGCGCGGAGCUGCUCUGCUGCUGCUGCAGCUGCAACACGACGACCUCAUCCGCACCAGGACUCUUGGCUAGCAUCGGAGUCUGCGUCCUGGUACUCGGUUACACUCUGCUUGGCGCCUUUGCCUUUAUGGCUCUCGAGGGAGGUCUCAAGUCGGAACCACCGACCGUCGUUGGUGGCAGUUCCAAGGUCCCCCGGGAACCGGGAUCACGUUUAUCAAACGAGGAUGAGAGUGCAGCUAUGGAACUUCGUGCCCGCACUGUCGAGAAACUCUGGAUCAUCACCGAAGAUCUCAAUGUCCUCUACAAGGAGAAUUGGACCAGACUAGCUGCUAGGGAAGUCCUGGAAUUUCAAGAGAGCCUGGUACGAGGUCUUUCCCAGACACCACCGUCAAUUUAUAAGAGUUUACCACCUCAGCCACCACCCCCCUCACCACCUAGGCAUCGCGGGGUCGGUUUUGAUCAGGAACGACGUAAUCAUGCACGUCGCUGGACCUUCAGUAGCAGUCUUCUCUAUUCUCUUACUCUCAUCACUACCAUAGGAUACGGAAGCGUCGCGCCACGGACCGUUUGGGGUCGUCUGAUCACGAUAGUCUACGCUCUGGCUGGAAUCCCUCUGAUGCUGGUCUAUCUGAGCACCGUCGGCGACGUCCUCGCACGUAGCUUCCGCAGACUCUACGCGCGCCUCUGCCGUCCACGCAGUUGCACCAGGAAGUCAUCGGGUAUCGGCGGCAAGGCUUAUCGUUAUGACAACCACGUGGAGAGCAAGGCCAUCGCCGGAAGCUUCUAUCCUAAUUGUGGAAGCGAGGGACUUCAGGCUGCUACUAGUUCGACUGCGCUUCAGGAUAGCGGAAGUGGGAAGAGGCACUUUCAUCCUUGCUCGUUGUCCUUGUCCCCGUCGCCGUGUCCGGAUGCUGUGAGGAUACCGAUCAGCCUCUGCCUCGCCAUCAUCAUCGUGUACAUAUGCGGCGGGGCUGUGAUGUUUAACCGACUGGAAGGCUGGAGUCUUCUAGAGGGUAGUUACUUCUGCUUCACGAGCCUUGGUACCAUUGGCUUUGGCGACCUUGUGCCAGGUGGUCGUAACGCUCCCUCGGCCACCCUGGAGGAACUGAGUCUCUGCGCGUGUUCCCUGUACAUCCUGGCCGGGAUGGGUCUGAUUGCAAUGUGUUUCAACCUAGUGCAAGAAGAGGUAGUGCGCGUUGUGAAGGUCUUUGGUAGAUUGUGCGGCGUUGGCAUGGGGAGUGCCGGUAUGAGUGGUAUGGGGAAUGGUCCAGGAGGUAAAGUCGACGCGGAAGGUGACGGAGGCUCAAAUGAUUCAAGACUUUCCGAGGAAGAAGCCAUCGCCAUGUCAGUUGUGUCAGCUUCCUGACAGCACGCGAGGGCCACGUCCGGCCACGACGCUAAACUUCUUGGCCACUCCCAUCCUCUAAACAGCGCCAUUAAACUCUCGCCAGGACAUCACUCGUUACCUAGAAAGAAGAUGCCUCCAGACUGCAGAAAUUCCCACUUCCAACGUGGACAACCACUCAGGCGAAGUGGCGGACCGGCCAUGUCUCCGGAGGAGGGUUCACUUCACUUUGAGUACUUUGUCCCGAGGAGCGUCAGCGAGUUUAAUCUCGCGGCAGCCGCAGUAACGGAUAUAGCAGUACCUCCACCACCUCCAGCAUCGGCUCUCAGAACAAACUCGAUGGCCUCUUCUGGUACGAUGACGCAGAACGCAGUGGGCAAUGCUGCCGUCGGAGUACCUCCGGCCCUCAGACCACCAUCCGCACCCAGUGCUCUCGUUCCUGGCACUCAGACUCGUCUCAUGGACGUAACCGCAGCAACGACGAGAAGCCGGGAGAAGAUGGUCACCUUCGAGGAUGAGGGGAUUCCCGGUUCGACCCCUACAAGAAAGAAUCUCGCGGGCCUCGAGGAUGUCUUCAUGUGACGCUGUAGUCCUGGCUGAACGAGGAGGAACGCUGGGCGCCUAAGGACUCGCAGUCCUCGAAAUCCAACCCCAUGGAAUUGAUCCCAGACACGAGAGGACGAGCCAUCGUGUCAUCAUUGCCUCUCCUCCUGAUCCUCAUCCUCAUCUUCCUUUUUCCAAUUGUCUUUCCACCGUUUCUCUCUUAUCAGUCUCUGUCUCAAUAUCCUUCUAACCGAAAAUCUUGAUCGAGGAAACCUACAACGCCUUCGUGCGACCGCAGCGCUGCCCCCGCUCCGAGUGGCCAGUGUACGAACUAAUAUGAAUGUAAUCAACAUUGAAAUCGACCCUCGCUAAAUGACUUUUCUUCACGAGGAUUCGGCUGGUGGUGACUGACUCAUAGGUUGUUCCUUCCAGCAAUGGAUAUUAAUUAUACGCCCAUGCAACAUAUGUAAUUGGAAGGAUGUAUGUUAUACAUAUUUCGAGGACGCGUGUACGUAUUCAAUGACGAUAUACACGGAUUCAAUUCAAGAGUCUUCGUUCCUUUAUCGAGACCGCCGAGACCUGCUGGAGAGAUGUAUUUUUCAUUUGUACAUUAUAUAUAAUAUAUCCAUUUGAAACGAUCGUAAUAGAGACGUACCAGCGGUCGGUAAUACAGAUAUUGACAGUGCAUCCAAGUGUCUCUGCGAUUCGUUCAAAUCUAUACACUUGUGACUGCAUCAGAUUAAUUAAGAGUGCAAAUAAGAGAGAAAGAGAGCAUAGAAGCUAGAAUGCCCGCGGUAUUCAAACUCACCAGGCCUAAAAGGAUCCGCCAUGUCCUAGUGGCGCCACCUGACACCGAUGAAAUUCCGUUUGGUUUUUUUUUUAAACUGAUGACACUAUAUAACUAUGUAUACUGUAUAAUUCAGAGCGCGAAUCAUGAAGACUAGACUAGGCUCUAGUCUUCAUGACAAAUAGCAUCGCCAUUGUCAUUUUCAUUGCCAUCGCCAUCGUUCUCAUGAUACGCUCAUUGCUGACUACUAUUAUAACAAAUUAUUCUCAUUGUUGUACAAUGUAAAGAGCCAAGUAAAGUUUUUGCGUCAGAGUGAAAAAAAAUACACGUUCCUCAUUUCAGCAUU